CCGCUCGGUGCUGGCGAACAUCGUCGCCUUAGUCGCGGGCUUGCGCUGAAAGUGGAUCGAGCGAGGUACCGUGAGCGUGAACAGUGUAUCAGCAGCUCUCGAGGCCGAAUGGUUGGCCUCGCCAACCCCUGAAACGGUCGUUCUCUCUCUCUAUCUCUCUCUCUCUCUCUUUCUUUCUCGUUCCCACCAGUUCUCACCCUCCUGGUCGCGUGCAACACUUAAACGGCCGCCAUCGCAAACGGGUCCGUCGAAACGUUGAAGGAUAUACCCGUUAAUCGUGCAAGGAUACCACCCGAACAUGAAGUGUGCUCACGUCCUCGUCGUUUGCCUCAUGGUCGUUCUCGGUUAUUAUGGGGUAUACGGGAUGCAGUGUUACAUAUGUAACAGUCACAACGACAGUCGUUGCGCCGACAAGGAUCCUCCGGAUGCCCUUAAAAGAGAUUGCUCCGAUCUCAAGGACGGCGCAAAGUACACGAUGUGCCGAAAGAUUACGCAAGUCAUCGAGUUUAGCGUUAAUGGACUUCCACCUGACAGCCGGGUGAUAAGGGGUUGCGGAUGGGACGAGUCGAACUACAAAGGGAGGUGCUACCAACGAAGCGGUUUCGGUGGCCGUCAAGAGGUCUGCUCGUGUCUGACGGACUACUGUAACGGAGCCAUGCCUAACGUUCCGUCAUCGAAAUCCUUGAUUCUGACGUGUGUUCUGGCCACUGUAUUGCUGGCGUACAUGCGCAAUUAGCUCCAAGAAUGUUAACACUCUACCACCCCCCCCCCAAAAAAUAAAAAUAAAAAAAAUAAACAGACGACGAAGGGAUGCGUUCGAGAUCGUUAGUAGAUACACGCAGCAUCGACCUCGCAUACUCGAGAAACGGAAA